AAUCAUGGCCUGCCUUUCCAAAAAGAGCUGGAGAAAUACAAGAAUAUUGAUGAAGAUGAACUUCUUGGUAAACUCUCAGAAGAGGAACUAAAGCAGUUGGAAAAUGUUCUUGAUGACCUAGAUCCUGAGAGCGCGCUUCUGCCAGCAGGUUUCCGGCAGAAAGACCAGACACAGAAAGCAGCCACGGGCCCCUUUGACCGGGAGCACCUCCUUUCAUAUUUGGAAAAAGAAGCACUGGAACACAAAGACAGGGAAGACUUUGUACCCUUCACUGGAGAAAAGAAAGGAAGGAUCUUUAUCCCCAAAGAAAAGCUACAAGAAACUCAUAAAGAAGAAAAAGUGACUCUUGACCCAGAACUGGAAGAAGCUUUAGCUAGCGCCUCUGAUACUGAACUCUAUGAUCUUGCAGCUGUUCUUGGAGUUCACAAUUUAGUCAAUAAUCCACGGUUUACUGAAGAAGUAGCCAGUAAUGAUAAUGGCAAAAGCCCUCCUAGAAAUGUUGUCAAAGGUGAAAAGGUCAAGCCAAUAUUUGAGGAACCACCCAAUCCCACAAAUGUGGAAGUAAGUUUGCAGCAGCUGAAAGCCAAUGAUCCCAGCCUUCAGGAAGUCAACCUCAACAACAUUAAGAAUAUUCCAAUUCCAACCCUGAAGGAGUUUGCAAAGGCUCUGGAGACCAACACCCAUAUGAAAAAGUUCAGCCUGGCUGCCACUCGCAGCAAUGACCCUGUGGCAAUUGCUUUUGCAGAUAUGUUAAAAGUAAACAAAACAUUGAAAAGUCUAAAUAUUGAGUCCAACUUUAUCACUGGAACUGGGAUUCUGGCCCUAGUGGAUGCCCUGAAAGAAAAUGAGACCCUGACAGAAAUCAAGAUAGACAACCAGAGACAGCAGUUGGGAACGGCUGUGGAAAUGGAAAUUGCCCAGAUGCUUGAGGAGAACUCAGUGAUUCUCAAGUUUGGUUACCAGUUUACAAAACAAGGUCCAAGAACCAGGGUAGCAGCUGCUAUCACAAAGAAUAACGAUCUAGUUCGCAAGAAACGAGUAGAAGGUGACCGGCGAUAACCCAGCCAUCGGAGAAGUGCCGCUCUGCCUAAGGCAGCUAGCUGUUAAGAUUGCAACCUUAAACUCUUGCCCCAGCGAGACCAUUUUUACAAAGGUCAUUCAUUUCCGUUAAUUGCUCCCUCUUUAUUCACACCACUAAUACUGUUAACUUUAUUUUGUUUGUGUGUGAUAUCAUUUCCCUCUGAUGAAUAAUGUGCACAUAUUUUUAUUUUCAUCAUGUGUGAUUCUGGCAUGCACAGUGAAUGGUGGAUUGAUAUAGACUUUAGUUGAGUGGCAACCAUCAGGAGCGACAUUAACUGCCUUCAUGUAGAGAUUUCUUGCCCAAUAUAUUCAGUGUAAACAACCUGUGUUUUACUUCCCACAGAAGCUCACUUUUAACCACAAAGAGGAUUUUAGCACAUCAGGUAAUGUUUUUAGGUAUAAUUGUUUUUAUCAAGCCCUAGCUCUGUUUACAUACACUGCUUUGAGUUAGGCUAAUUGUCACAGAGACAUUCUGCUGACAUAACAAAAGAAAUGUGCCAGUAUUGCCAACCCUCUAUUGGGUGACAGUAUAGAUGGAUUCCGUGGGACUGGAAAAUUAUUGGAAGAACACACCCUACUUGUGGUGGGCCAGUAGUAUUAUCAUCACAUAUGGAAGAGCAUCACUUUUUCUAACAGCCUUAGGAAAACAACUGCAAAGUAUUGACCAGCCCAAAAUAUAAUAUUAACCAGCUAAGAGAUCAACAGGUAGUGAAAUUAAUUAAAGCUCCUUUCACUACUUGUCCAGCAUAAAUUGUUUCUUACUAUCAAACAAUGUUGAAAGGCUGUUUUAGCAUUUUUCAAACAUCGUUUUUAACAUUUUAACAAAAAGUAAAAGAUUUUUGGAGUUCUGAAUUCCUUUUAAAUUUACCAUACUACUGCUCAUCAAGAUUUUCUUUUAACUGCACUUUUGAAAUGCAUUGUUUGAACUAAUUUUAAACCUCUGUGGCUUUGUCUAUAUAGUGCCAAAAUAACAGAAUGAAAAGUGAAAAAAUCAGAUCAGUUCUGUAUACCUGCUUUGUCUCCCCCCUACAGAAGGUCUCCUCAUUUGCAAACCAGUUCAGACUGGAUUUUUCACUUGUCAUCAAAUGUUUCUCAUAGUGCAGACACAGCCUAUGAGAAUACAAGUGACUUAACUGGAUAUUGAAUCUGCACAAGUUUUUACCUAAUCAUUCAGUACUAAAUGAAAGAAAAAAAGCAUGCUACAGCAACAACAGUAGGCAGCCUUGGGCAUUGGUGCUACCUAGUGGUAUAUGAGAUAUUCUGCAACUCCUCUCUAUGCAUAUUUCUUUUUUUUUCUUCUUAUCUUUUCUUGUCUCCCAUUUCUCCUAUUUUUCUCCUUAACUUCCUUUUCCUUUUCCUUCAUUCCUUCCUUCCUAAUUUUUCCUUAUUUCCCAACUAAGCCUGGAGUAUACCAGCUGGCACACACAGAGACCAAAUUCAGAAUUUAAAUUCUAUGGCCAAUUAUCUCUGCUAUGUAGACCCAAUUUUUCUCAGCAGCAUUAAAAUAAGUUAAUGAGAAAAUGAAUAUAUGUUGUGUUACAGCUCUUAAUUUGUAGAAUACUAGAUCAACAUUUAGUACAGUCUUUGUUUUAAAAAUGAAGUAUUUCUAAUCACUAUGUCUUGUGUUGUUAUCCUUACCUACAUUUGGAUCUUCAAAACAGCCUAAAUUAUUUUUUCUAGAAUAUUUAUAUAGUGACGGUUAUAGUUGACAUAUGUGCUGAAAUCUAUAGACACUAUAGGCAAUUGUAUUUCAUUUCUUUAAGAUUUAAAAAAAAAUCUGAUAGCUGCGGAAUGAAAUGAGAUUUUAUUAUGUACUCCAAAUUAGUGGGUCUUUUUAGAAUCAUCCUGAUGUUUCCUUUCCAACUUUGUAAGACAUCAUAAAGUUUCUCAAGCCAGUAAGCAGAGAAAACCCAUUGUAGAAAAUUCCAUAGGACCAGUUCAUAUAUAGAACCCCUUACUUGAAAUAGCAGUCUCUAUUUUCACCAGCCAUCAAAUAUCACAGCAUAGAGAUUAUUAAACAAAUGUCUAAGUUUACCACCAUCUUUAAAAAUAAAAGAAGUAUGACCUAAUGGACUAGAGUGCUGAGCUUGGAGUAGGAAAGAUCUAAGUAUAAAUCUAGCCCCAAGAACCUUAUUAGCUGAAUGAAUCUAGGCAAAUCCAGACUCUUCUCUGAGCCUCUGUUUCCUUAUCUGUAAGAAAGAUCUAAGUAUAAAUUUAGCCCCAAGAGACUUACUAGGUAUAUGAACCUAGGCAAAUCCAGACUCUUCUCGGAGCCUCUGUUUCCUUAUCUGUAAGAGUGAUGUUAAUACUAUCACCUACUUUACAGGUUUGUAUGAGGCUCAAAUGUGAGAAGGUAAAUAAACCUUAAAAGCAUUGUAUCCCUGUCUAUUUCUAUUGAUCACAUAUCUGUUGACACAUUGUUCUAUUCUCAUACAAAAAUCAAAACAAAUAACAACAAAAAUCAUCAAUGAAGAAUUGAGAAAGACACUUAUUCCCUAGCCAGAAGUGAAACAAGUUAUAAUCAAUGAGCUAAUGCAUUUUUAGCAAGAUGAUCUUAUUAAAAAAUUCAGAUAAACUGUCUGAAUUCCUAUGUUCUAAGUAUUGUCAGAAAUGCACAGCAUCACCCACAAGUAACUCGCAAUUUAGUCUUAAAAGAACUUGUGUAUUUCUUUGUAAGUCUUUUGGUUGUAGGAAUAGGAGAAAAGUGAAAUGGGGACUUGUUGAAACACUUUAGAACGACCAGACUGAGAACAGGGAUUGUGCCUUACCUACACUCUGUAUUGUUCCCACCAUAAUGCAACUGGCUUUUAAUAUAUCUUUUUUGAAUUUAUUUUAGUUGAAAUUUAGCUAUAUUCUUAAUACCCAGCAGUGUUGCUAUAGAUGAUAGUUUAGCUGUGGACUACUCUUCCCAACCACACCUAUCUCCACCCAGAGCACUGGCUCAGGUUGUGACCUUGACUUGAAGUCCUUGGCGCUCUCCAGUGUGUGGAGGAGCAGAGGGUGGGGAGAGAAGUAGUGAUGGAAAAGCCCAAAGGCCCCUUGUUAAGAACAAUCUCUCAAUUAGUUCAUGAGGUGGGGUAGCCUAUGAUAAGCCAUAUAUAGUUUUUUCCUCUGCAAAGUUAAAAAGGUUAAACAUACAAAUUAUUCAUAAAAUUCAUAAAACUCUGGGCCUCCAGGAAAUCCUCCAAUUACUGAUCUGAAAGUGGGGUGUUUAAACUAGUUGAAUUUUAUAUUGUCAAUUAUCCUCAGACUUCCCUUCUCCUUAUCACACUUUGUAGCAAAAAUAUCAACUCAGAAUAUAAUUAAAAUGAUCUUUAUCUAGAAAACCAUCAUGAAAAAUAUAAGUAACCAGUAAGCAAAAAAGUUGAACAUAGCAAAGAAAUACUUAAUAACUAUGCCAUCUAGCUUACAUAACAAUAAAACAGGAGAACAUAAUCAAAAUUCUAUAGAAUUUCUGAAGUCUCUUUGCAAUUCCAAAGCCUACAGUUUCCUUUCCCUUUUCUAUAAUUAUCUAGGGCCUGGAAAAGGGAAGGUCAAAAUAGCUGUUCUUCUACCAUAAAACAACCAUUAUAAUCCUUUAAUUCCCCAUAUUUCUUCCUGCUUUAGAUAUUCCAGUUGCUUACUCCUAAACAAAUAAAACAAAAAUAAAAACACCUAAAGUUCAUAAGAUGCCAGAAGUGGAAAAACAAUGGUGUGUCAUUUCCAAAGGAAGUUUAGCAAAACUUGAUAAGGAAAUGUAGGAACCAUAUUCUUAACAAAAGUCAGGCCUCCUGCUAGUGAAUUGGCAAGUCUCUAAAAACAUGUUUUGAAUCCAUUUGCAGGAGAUAAAAGGUGUUAGCUACUACUCCCACCCCCAUUCCUUUCCUUUUCUUCAACCUUGAACCUCUUUAUUUUUGCGGUUUGUAUAUUUAAAAAACUGAUUGGGGGUAUUUGAAGGGAAGGAGGAGGAACUGAAGGUUAAUUGCCUAAUGGCAAAACUUAAUAGCAGUUCAACUCCACUCCCCACUGAGCUAUUUCCUGCCUGCUGUACAAACAGCUAUUAUUGCACCAUCAGUAAAAAGGGGACUAAGAACAGCAAACUUUAGAUUUGCAACCUGAUCUCGAGCAUUUCUCCUUCAAAGAUAUGCAAAAAGCUCCUUUUUCUCAUUUUCACUCAUUGGCAUUGAGAAAAAGGGAAAACUGAAUCCCAGCAUCAUUUCAUUUUGAGCCCAAACACUGUGAACUGCUUAUUGAGGAUGGUUGACCUGAAUAAGUGAGAGUAGAGGGAACUGGUAUGAUUUAUUUAAAGAAACUGGGAAUAUUUAAGACUUGGAAGGUGGAGGGAGGAAGAGGGCAUAGCAAAAUAAUUGGGUUCAAAUAUCUGAAACAUUGUCAUGUGGAAAAAGAAUUAGACUAGGCUCCUAAACACAGACUUUGCUAUGGGUGGGAAUUUACAAAGGAGGCUGAUUUCAAUUCAAACAUAAGGAAACACUUUCCAACAUUUUCCAACAAUUAAAGCUGUCCAAAAUCAGAAUCAGCUGUCACAAAGAAUUCCCCAUCAUGGUAGGUCUCAACGGGGGACUGAAAGUUCAGUCUUUGGGAAUGCAGAUUAGAUUUAUGAUGUGAAUAAGGAAUGAAUCAGAUAAUCUCUGAGAUCUUGUUAGGCUCUUUCAAAUCUGUUAUCUUAUUCUAUAACCUGCUAGGCCUCUUCCUCAUCCCUGAAUUUGUCCAUUUUUGAGGCUAAAUAAAGUCAAGAUAGAUGAGGAUAAAUUCAUCUGAGGUCAAGAUUUUGUUUGGGAAGUUGAAAUUGGUAACUUUAGUCAUUUAACAUUAAGCCUAUAAGUAGAUCUCAUUGUUUUUCAAGAGCAAGAAGUCUUUUAAGACAUAUAUACAGUAAUAUGUUUUAUUAUAAAUAAAAUAAAAAUAAAACAUAUUUUGUAAGGUUUUUGAAUAAUUAUUUGUGUCACUUUGAAUAGAGAAGACCUACAUGUGAUUGUGCACCUGAUCUUCCUGUCAGCUUUGUCUACUCCUCCCAAGUAUAAUUGGUUUCUAGGGGUAAAUGGGGUAAGGAGAUAUUCACUUCCUCCAUUUCUUCCUUUUUCUAUUCUUGAUCUGGUUUUGUUUCCAUUAUGCUAUUAAAAUCAAUCUGCCUAGAUUGAGCCCCAUUCUAAUAGAUGAAGGAAGAAAACUGCCAUAACAGGAAUUUGGUUCCGGGGCUCAGGAUUAAGGAGAGGAACGGAAAGGGCCUGAGGAGAAGGGAGAAUCAUAAAACAGUCUGUAAUGUGGUACUGUUAACCUCCUUUUGUUAUCAAGCUCCAAGGGAGUUCUCCUUACCCAGCAGCCUCUUUACAGGUGCUAGUUCUGGUGCUAAAGGGGAAAAAUUUAACCAUUUUAUAUCAGAUUAGGUUUUCCCCUAUCAUAGCAGCCACUUCAUUAUCACCAGCAGGCAAGCAUUGGUUGUGAUAGUAUUCUACCACCAUGAAGACUACAGGAACCUUUAUGACCCAAAGCCCUCUCCUAAGGGCUGUAUUCCAUCACCAUUCUAUGAAAAAGAUGGGAAAGCAAGUGGUUAUUUGCAAGUCAGAAAACUAAGUUACUUCUGAGUUGGGGUUCACAUCAGUGCAGUCAAUAAUAAAAGGAGGAAGCUUUCAUACUUAGUGUUAUCAGCAUAUAUAAUUAACUAUUCACAUUAAUAGGGGAGAAGCAGUAGCAUGGAUAACAAAAUAUAAAGUAAUGCACAUAUUCUUUCCAUACUUAUAAAAUGAAGAAAAUAAUGCUUACAUUACCUGGCUUGCGUGGUUAUUUCAAAGAUGCCUAAUUUCCUAAUUACCCUACUUAUUCACACAAUUCCCCUUUUAAGUAGCUAUUUUAUCACUAAAUAAUGUGAAAAUACUUUUUAAAAUAAUGCUAUACAAAUGCAAGGUGGUAUGGUAUUUAGUUAAGAUGAUGUGUUAUAUUUUUGUAAGAAAUCUACCAUUCUCACUAACAUGUUUAUUUGCAUAGGUCCCUUUAUUCCUUUCCUAGGAGAAAUGUUUGUUGCUAUAUAGAGAGGGUUAAUAAUUAAGGUGGCACAAAUUCUAAUCCUAGUAUUACCACAUACCAGCCUUUUGCCUGGUCUCAGUUUCCCUUACCUGUUAAAUGAACUAAAAUAGAAUUAAAAUUAUUUCCAGCUUUUAUUUGAUUAUUUCUAAUUACUUGCUUUGCUUCUCCACUAAUACAGCAUCAUUUCCCUCUUACUAGAAACUCUGAAAGUUUGAUAAGAAAACAAAAUUUUAAAAGCGGCCAAGAGACAUUCUUUCAAUGAAAAGGGAUCUUUUAACCCUCUUCUGUGACUUUUACCAAGUCUUUGAAGGGAUUUCUAACAAGCACAUUGCCAAGAGGGAAAUCAUGUGCAUGGGGAAAAAAAAAAGUAAUUUUUCUCCAUGUUAGAAGAUAGUAUGGCAGUAUGAAAAGAUUUAAAAAUAUGUAAGAAGAAAAAUUUUCAUUACAAUUAAAGAUAUCCUGUAAUCUCUCUUCCAUAUCAAUUAUUUUACAAGUCCUAAGCACACAUUGACUAUGGUAGGGGUUAUGGGAUGAUGGGCAGGGAAAAAGGAAGAAAGCCUAGAUAAACUAUAUAGUGAAAAUGGUAUGUGUGUGAAACAUACUUAGAAGGAAUCUUUAUUUUCAAACCAAAUAUUGCUAGUGACAAUCUUUAAUUUUAAAUAUACAUAUUUAUUCCAACUUUAAAUAACUGUUUUCUUCAGCAUGAAUUUCUUUAAAAUCUGUAACACUAUUCCUGAAAUUAUUUUUAAUAAAGCCUUCGGUCAUAUUUCAUGCUUCAUCAGAACAAGAGAAACAUACGUGACACAUCUUAAGCCACCAAUAUAUGCAUGCUGCUCUGUAAUAGUAUAAUCGGUUUGGUUGCUUUGUGAUAUAUGGCAAUGUGAAUCUAUUAUUUUUUUGACCAGAACAAAGGAAUGGUACUGUGGUGAACUGUCUGGAGUUACAUAAGUAAUGAUGUGUGAUUGUAUUCUUGUUGGGCUGGCUUGCUCUUGGAAAAUCCAUGGGAUCUCUUUUUCCUUUUCAUUUAUACUAUUGUCCCAUCUUACAUAAACAAGUGAUUUUGGUCAUUAAUGAGUUAAAGGCCAUUUUUCCAUUAGUCCUGAAGCUAAACAAAGGUUAGAGAGCAAAUGUAUAGUGUUAAAAAUAUGAAAUAAAUCAUUGGUUUGAACUGUGGAGGGUUUAUGAAAAGACAAUGGAUGAGAACCACACAAGAGGCAUGGAGAAAGUGCCUAUACUACUGAAAUAACUGAUCCAUACACCAAAUUAUCUUGGAAAAAAAAAAGUCUAAUUGAUUAUAACAGGUAAACACUUUUAUGACUCAUUAGGGCAUUAACCAGAGGCAAUGCUAAACAGAAUAUGAAUACUUAUUGGUCCAAAUCUUUCUGCAAUCAAAAGUUUAAUAUUGUAUUUAUUUGUUCCAAAUAAACACUAAAACAAAAUUUGGAGUUACUAAUGUCCUUUAAAAAUGAAACAAAAGUCCAGGUGUGUCUCAAUAAUCUUUGUAUAUAUCAUUUCAUGUUAUUUCUUCUUUUUUCCCAAAUAAAAUGCCCAUAUAAGAAUAAA